CUGUAAAGACUCCAAACCUUUUUUGACGUACAACAUCACAUAAAUAAAAUAAUACAAUAUUGGGCCCACGCUACAUAUAUUUUAUCCUUUUUCCAAUCUAUAUGAAAAGGCCUAUAUAACAUAUAAUAUCUGUGAGAGUAAGACUGAAGAGUAACGAUUCUGUUUGUGUUGUGAGAGUGUAUAUAUAUCAAUAUAAAUAUAUACUCCUAUCUUUCUUGGUGACCAAGCUACGCCCAAUAGAAGCGUCUGUUACUUUGUGAAACACAAUUUUCCUUUUAUUACUCUCCGGAUUUUUCUCUCUGUACCCUAUUCAUCUUCUCCUCCUUCACUGAUUGGAGCACUGUUUCAAUGGCAAUGCCGGCGGCUGGUCGAAAGAGAAAGCGAAAGAGAACAUUUGCCACCAAAAGAAAGCUUUUUGUUGGUCAAAGAGUAGAGGUGAGGAGUGAGGAAGAUGGGUUUCAGGGCUCUUGGCACUCUGCCACUGUCAUUGCAUGUUAUAGUCAAGGUCGUCGUGUCAAAUACGAGAACAUCCUACAGGAUGAUGGGUCUAAAAAUUUUGAGGCUGAUGUGCCUGUUUCACCUGUAUUGGAUGGCAUUGGUUUUGCCAAUGAGAACUGUACUUAUCGUGGGUGUAUAAGGCCUUUGCCACCUCUUGUUGAGUUUAAAAAAUUUGGCCUUCCCUAUGGACUGUGUGUGGAUGUGUUUUACCAGGAGGCUUGGUGGGAAGGUGUGAUUUUUGAUCACGAUGACGGUUCACAUACAAGGAGGAUUUUCUUCCCAGAUUUGGGUGAUGAAUUGGAGAUGAGAAUUAACAUGUUGAGAAUUACUCAUGAGUGGAAUGAGGUUACGGAGAAUUGGCAGCGCCGUGGGACUUGGUUAUUUCUUGAGUUGAUUGAAGAAUAUGAGCAGGAGGGGGGGUACCUUGGUGUUUCUGUGAAGCAAAUUUGGUAUGACUUGCGGGAUAAAAAUGGUUUUGAGAAGAUUAAGGAGUGGACCUGUAUGAGGAAAGAUUUGUGGAAAGAGUUGGUGUUGGAAGUCAUUAAUGAGAACCUAAAUAUUAUUAUAAAAGAUGUAUUUCAGGUUUUGGUUUGUUCUGGGGGCUUGUUUCAAGAAACCAAUGGUGUAUUGGAGUCAGCUAGAACUGCCGUUAAUGUUGAUAUUAGCCCUGGAGCAGAUUUGGACAACUCUCUCGCGAUUGUCCCUGUCGAGAACUCAGCGUGUAGUGAUAUGUUGGUUGAUGAAGAGAAAUGUGCUACAGAUGAAUUAAUUUCUACUUUGGACAUUAAUGGGUCAGGUAUGAAUAUUUUGGCAGACUCAGAUGUACCCUGCCAUGGUAAAGCAUUGUGUUUGGUAGCUGAGUCUUCGUCUGUUUUACCUUCUAAUCCAGAUGGAAUUUCUAGCACUAAUUCUAUGACCUUCAGUGAAGAUUCUACUGUCAUUUCCAAUAAGAUCAAUGGGAAGCUCAAAUGUUUGACACGCAGAAAAACUGCAAAUUGGCUACCUGUUGGCUCUGAUAUACUUCCUGGAGCUGCAUUCUACCCGGAUGCUGUUACUGAUUAUGCACUUGGGAGUACGAAUAGUGGAAUAUCUAGGAAUUCUUUAAUUAGUAAUCUGCGGCAGCAUCUUUCAUACCUGGGCUGGAAAAUUGAGUCAUGGAGAGAUGGGCACACACUUAGAUUACGGUAUACCUCACCUGAUGGUAAAUUUUAUUAUUCACUUCGUCAGGUCUGUCAGUAUAUGAUUGGAUCAACCACAGAGAUGAUUUCUUCAAUCGCAGAUAAUCAGAAAAGUGUGUGUGUUUUACACAGUGAUCCAUCUUCAACUCUGCUUCUAGAACAAAAAGAAGAAAAUCAGGAUCCUGAUUAUUGUCAUCAAACUGUGAUGUCUUCUGAGUCUGAUGUAUUUAGAGUAAAACCAGAAUUUUGUCCUCAAGCUGUUGUGGACUAUUAUAUGCAUCCACUAGAUAAGAGAUCGAAAAUGUUGAUAGAAAAGGCACGGAAGCACCUCUCGGCAGUGGGGUGGCAGAUGCGGUACUCAUAUACAAGAGGGAAGCCUGAGAUGCGCUACAUUUCGCCAAGAAGAAGGACAUAUUGUACACUUCGAUCAGCAUGCAAAUGUUGUCUGGAUGAAGGAACUCCUGAAAGUGUUGCUUCUGGCUGUGGAUCAAUUCAAAGCACACAUGCAAUUGAGGAAGAUGAAGGACAGUUAGGUAGUGAUAAAUCAUCUUUGGCAGCAAGUAAUGCACCAUCCAGAAGGGGGUCCAGAGAGUCUUCUAGUAUAUCACAGUCAAUCGAAAAAGUUCAGGGGAUAAGAAAAAUUUGUGGAAAUCGAAAGGGUGAUUUUUUUCACCUUGCAUCCCAGUCUCUUCAAACACAACGCAACUUAAAAGCUAUGAAAGAUGGCUCAGCAAUUGGAUUCAUAAGUGAUGAAAAGCUGAAUUCAGAGGAUCAAAAUGCCGGCCUCCGAAAGUUAAAAAGAAGAAAGGUUUCUAGAGCAUUGAUAAAAUUAAGAGAUGAUCUAGAAAGUAGUCGCCUUACCCGUGUGCUGCGAUCAAGCAAAAGAAUACAGAAGGUGGUUCCUCCUAGUACCUCACACCAGACUCGUCGAACUAUACUCUCUUGGUUGAUAGACAACAAUGUGGUAUUGCCAAGGGCAAAAGUAAAUUACCGUAGCAGAAAGAAAAAGAAACUAAUGAAAGAAGGGCGGAUUACUCGUGAUGGGAUAAAGUGCAGCUGUUGUCAAAUGGUGUUUACUCUUCCUGGCUUCGGAAUUCAUGCUGGCAGCAAGUGCCAAAGACCAGCUCUUAGUAUUUUUCUGGAAGAUGGAAGGUCUUUGUUGGAUUGUCAAAUGCAAAUAAUACGUGAUAAUAAGAUGGGGAGCUCCACUGGAGAACUGCCUGAUAGAAUGAAGGGAAAUUGCCAUCAAGGCGAGAAUGAUUACAUUUGUACUGUUUGUCACUAUGGUGGUGAAUUGAUUUUAUGUGAUCAAUGUCCAUCUGCAUUCCAUAAGAUUUGCAUCGGUUUGAAGGAUGUCCCUGAUGGUGACUGGUUCUGCCCAUCGUGCUGCUGUGGAAUUUGUGGGAAAAAGAAAUUUAGAAGCAACAAUGCAGAUCUAGUUGAUGACAGCAUACUCACUUGCAGUCAGUGUGAGCAUAAAUAUCAUGUUGGCUGCUUAAAAAAUAGAGCGGCAGAUAAGUUGGAAAAUUUUCCUGAAGAAAAUUGGUUCUGCUGCAAAAAGUGUGAACAGAUAUUUUUGGGACUCCACAAGAUUUUAGGUAAACCAAUUCCAGUGGGUGUAGACAAUCUCACUUGGACACUAUUAAAGCCUAUGACAUCUGAUAAUCAUGAUAUUGAGGCCUUUACAGAGAAUUACAGCAAACUUAAUAUUGCUCUUGAUGUGAUGCAUGAGUGUUUUGAGCCUGUUAAGGAGUCUCGCACCCGGAGAGAUCUUGUUGAAGACGUUAUUUUUAGUAGAGGGUCAGAGCUUAACCGUUUGAACUUCCGAGGGUUCUAUACAGUGCUUUUGGAGAGAAGUGAUGAAAUGAUUUCUGUGGCUACUGUAAGGAUCCAUGGGGAGAAGGUGGCAGAAAUACCUCUUGUUGGUACCAGGUUUCAAUAUCGUCGACUUGGAAUGUGUCGCAUCUUGAUGAAUGAGCUUGAAAAGAAACUCAUGGAAUUAGGAGUCGAGAGGCUUAUUUUGCCUGCAGUGCCUAGUGUGCUGAACGCAUGGACUACUUCAUUUCUGUUUACAAAGAUGACUGAUUCUGAGAGGUUGCAGUUUUUGGAUUAUACUUUCCUGGAUUUCCGGGAUACUGUCAUGUGCCAGAAACUCCUAACAAAGAUCCCUCCAGCAGAACCAAGCGCAGAAAGAGGAACCCAGAAUAAGACUGUUGGUCUUGUCUGCAGAAAUGGUGAUUUGGAUGUGCCAAGUGUGGUCUCUGAAGUAUAUCAACUGGAGCAGAUUGAUGAGAGCAGAAUCAUGGAACAAGGAUUGGUGGUUCCUGCAGGCACCAAUGGAAAUGGUAGCAAUAGUCCAGUUGAUAUGGUUGUCAAGGUGGACCAACAGGAUUGUCUUAGUGAAGUCAGUCGAGAGCGCUUGCUUGACGAUGACAAUUUUAAUAAAGGAUUCAGAAGAAACAGUAAUACUUUUUUCAAGUGUUACAAGCGGAGGGCAUUAGCCAGCAGAAGUUGAGUUUUGUUCCCUUUGCCCAGACAGCUAAAUUGACUGAUCUAAAUGUAUCAGCGUAUAAAAUGAAAAUAAGAGCAUGGAAGAUUUUUGGUGCAGUUAAUAGAAUUGGUCGAGGACCUCAAAUUUUGGUUUGCAAGAUGUGUAGAUUCUUCCUUGUACAGAAUACAUGAGAAGACCUUGGGUUUCUUGGGUCUCAGGUUAUGCUUCUUUUAAUGUAUAGUUAAGGGAGAUAUAGCAAUAGAGCUCACUUCUAGUUGCACAGAAGGUUGCGCGGUAGAAAUGUAAUGCUGCCUUAUUUAUGCAAUACAGCCAAAUAUAUGGAAAUUAAAAACCAUGUUUUUACUUAUCUUUCAUCUUAAUGAUAAUUUUCCAGGGGUGGGAUACUGAAGUUGAUGUUCCAGUCUCACAGCUAGUGUAGGUGUACACUCUCUCGUCUGAUAACUCACACACCAUAACAUGUACUAUCUUUUCACCUACUUUCUUUCAUUUGUCCUUUU